CUGAGAAUUCAACCAACACAACAUCAAAGUCCCUUACAAAAGCACUAGCCUUCUUAAGGAAAUUUAAACUUCAUAAACAUAGCCAAGAGCUUCAAGAAAUCAAGAUUAAAUUAGAAAAUGAGUUCAACAAGCAGGGCAUGGGUUGCAGCAGUAAGCGUGGGAGUAGUAGAGGCAUUGAAAGAUCAAGGACUUUGUAGGUGGAACUAUACCAUAAAAACAAUACAUCAACAUGCCAAGAACAAUAUAAGGUCAUAUUCACAGGCCAAGAAGUUUUCUUCUCAGUCUUCUUCUUUGAGAACCCAAAGAAAGUCGAAGCAAUCUGAAGAGUCUCUGAGGAAAGUCAUGUACUUGAGCUGUUGGGGUCCCAAUUGAAUUGCCUAGUACAUAAAUUAGUGUUAUUUCUGUAAUUUUAACUUGAGGUUAAAUUGCCUAGCACAUAAAUUACUGCAUAGAAAUACUUCUGCAAUCCUGCAAUCCUAGUACAUUUUGCUUUGCAUCAUUUCACCAUAUAUACUUAAUUAACAUCA